ACUGAUGCUGCAGCGCCGUUUCAACGACUAACAGAAAUCAGCUCCUCUCUUCAUCAAAACAUUCAGUCGAGUUAGAAAGUCUCUGAAACACUGAUUUACUCAUUAAAUGAGUCUUCUGUGAAGAUUUAAGGCAGAUUAAAAAAAGGCAGUAUUUUGGGUUCACGUUCGAUCACUUUUGAAGUAGAUCAUCUAACUUAGUUCCUCAAACAGAGCGUGAGAAUGGUGAACUGCGGUCUUGUGACUGAGACAAAUGAGCCAGUGCCUCUGAAGAGCAUCUCAGUGGAGGUUCGGGUUCAGGAUCAUGUAGCCACAGUCUCCUCCACUCUGCAGUAUGUGAAUGAGGAAGAGCGCCCCCUGGAGGCCUUGUUCGUCUUCCCUCUGCCUGCUGAUGCUGCUGUCUGCCACUUCAGUGCCAAGAUCGGAGAGCAGGAGAUUGUGGCAGAGGUGCAAGACAAACAGAGCGCGAGGGAUCGUUAUGAUGAUGCUGUGAGUUCGGGUCAGCAGGCGUUUCUGUUGGAAGAGAGCGCAGAGAGUCCUGAUGUGUUCAGACUGAGUGUCGGGUGUCUGUCGCCGGGUCAGAACGCUGCCGUCACCAUCAUCUACGUCACCGAGCUCGCUGUGCAGGCCGACCACUCGCUGCGCUUCUGUCUGCCGGCUGUACUCAACCCCCGAUACACACCAGCAGGUUCAGGUGCUCGUAUAGCCUCAAAGAUUUCAUCAGUACGUGGAUCUGUUCCCUACACGCUGACUCUCAGUGUCCAUGUGAGCUCUCCAAAGCCCAUCUCCAAACUAGAGUCCAGCUGCACUCUGGAUCCUCUAGUGUUCCUCCACUCUGAUCACACUCAGGCGACGGUGAAUCUGAGUCCUGGUCACAUGUUUGAUAAGGACGUUGAGCUGUUUGUGUACUAUCAGGAUACCCAUCAGCCCUCUGCUAUAGUGGAGGCAGGAGUGAACACUGCCCCAUCAGGCUCUCUGAUGAGGGACCCAGUGGUCAUGAUAAGUUUGUACCCAGAGUUCCCAGAGGAAGUGAUGUCAUCACUGGCAACACAAGGAGAGUUUGUUUUUGUGAUGGACAGAUCAGGCAGUAUGAGCAACACACGGAUAAAAAGUGCAAAGGACACUCUGCUGUUACUGUUGAAGAGUCUGCCCAUGGGAUGCUACUUCAAUAUCUAUGGAUUUGGCUCUCGUUUUGAGUCCUUCUACCCUAAGAGUGUCAAGUACAAUCAGAAAACAAUGGAUCAGGCUCUGAAGAGAGUGAAGGAAAUGCAAGCAGACAUGGGCGGCACAGAGAUUUUACAGCCUCUAAAACACAUCUACAGUCAGCCCUGUGUGCCCAACCACCCCAGACAGCUGUUCAUCUUCACUGAUGGAGAGGUGGGAAACACUAAAGAGGUGCUGGACCUGGUGAAACAUCAUGUUGACUCUCACAGGUGUUUCUCAUUCGGGAUUGGUGAGGGUGCAAGUACCGCCCUCAUCACAGGAAUGGCCAGGGAGGGAUCUGGUCACGCUCAGUUCAUCACAGGCACCGACCGCAUGCAGCCCAAAGUGAUGCAGUCCCUCAGGUUUGCGCUGCAGCCCGCUGUGGUUAAUAUCUCUGUGGAUUGGACCCUUCCAGAUGGCAUUACUGUUGACACACUGUCUGCACCCAUCAAUGUACUCUACCAGGGUCAAAGGUCACUCAUUUACGCCCAACUUAAAGGAGAGAGUUCAGGAGGCUCUGAGGGAACAGUGACAGUCAAAUACAGUCUUAAAGAUCAACCAGUAACAAACCAGCUCCACUUCUGCCUCAAACCAACUGAGGAAACAGGGUUAGCCGUCCACCAGCUGGCGGCUCGGACCCUGAUCCGUUCUCUGGAGCAGAAAGAAAGGGAUGGUGGUUCAAAGCUGGAGAGCAUCAGGUGCAGGAUAGUGAAGCUCAGUGUUCAGACAGGAGUCAGCAGUGUUCAUACAGCCUUCAUUGCCAUUAAUAAAGACUGCAGACAGACUAUGAAAGGACCCCUGCUGCAGAGAAGAGUGCCGACAUGCGGGAUAGCUAAUGGAGCCUUGCCUGUUGCACAAUGUGCUUUAGCACCAUACAGACCAUCUAUGUCUAGGUCACUGCAGGGUCAGCUGUUUGACGGAUGUGAUAGAUCACUUCUAGGCCCACGAUCUGCUCAGCCACAGGCCCCUGAACGUGCUAAGUCUAAAUCACUGCUGGGGAGUCUACGUCAAGCCCUGUUUAAAAAUCAUGAUUCCCAGAAGUUUAAACAGUCAGAGAGGAAGGAUGCCCAAAAUAGUCAAUAUGGCUACCUUUAUUCUACACUUUCAGUGAACAAGAGGACGGAUUAUAAUCAAGCAUGUUAUUCAUCACUUUCAAGAACAGGAACAAAUGAGGCUACCAGAUAUUGCGUAGAUCCUAUUGUGGCGUCUCAUCAAGUAAACUCUCUAGACAAACAAAGAGACCCGUUACUUCAGCUGGUUUCUCUCCAGAAGGCGUCAGGCUGCUGGGAGCUGGACGCCACACUGGCGGAUGUGUUUGGGAAGACGGAGGAUGAGCUGACCAAUCAGAAACCAGCACAGGUGGAUGGGUCAGUAUGGGCCACUCUCCUGGCUCUGAUCUGGUUAUACGGCUGUAAAAUAGACCAGCAGGUCGAGUGGCAGUUUGUGGCCAUGAAGGCAGCGUCAUGGAUCGGCUCUCAGAAAGUGGGCGAUCUGUCUCAGUGUGUGAGUGUGGGUAAUGUCCUGCUCUGAUGUCAGGUGACCGAAGAGACUCUAGGAAUCUGAUGACGUCUGUGUUUCUACUUCCUGUGCCGUCAGAAGACAAAAGAACUGUUGUUUCAUUUUCUGUAACUGAGCUCUGCUUCGUGUUUUAUUAACAUUUAGGCCAUUUUAUUAGCUUACCAAAUUGUAACUGUAUGUGACCUGUGGCAUUAUUUUUGAGUCACUCUGACCUAGAAACACAUUUUGAGUUUUAUGUCAUAUGAUGUAUUUUUGUAGGCCAAAACCCUGAAGGACUUUGAAUGGGUUGAAGGACCCCAGUGGGUCUUUGAAUGGGUUUUUGGUUAAAUGCCGAACUGGUAAACUCAUCUAGUCACUAGUCCGCUUUCACAGCAUUGUUGUGUUUAUAAUCACAUUAUCAUAUGUAAUUAUAAAUCUAACUUGAAUUUUUAGGGAAAAUGUUUUUAAACAAAGACUGGACGAGUUGUCAGAAGCUUAGUGAUGGUGACGUUAAAGUCAUGUGACCAUGGUGUAGUUUGUUUAUAGCCUACCUUUAGCUUUUUACUUCUGCCGAUUGUAUUUACACUUUAAGAUUCAUAAAGUUGUGAAGACUAUCACAAUGAACAAAACAUGUAAGAAUCAUGAGCUUUUGUUAGUCGCAGACCAUAUUUUCUGUAAUAAUUCAAAAGUUAGUGGAAAAAUCCUAUUGGGUUUUUGAGGAGGGAAUCAGUGUGAUGCUAACUUCCAGGUUGGCCUACCAAAAUAUGUCAUUACUGCAGCACUCUAUUCCAAGAUUAUACCAAGAUUUGCCAAAUUUUUAACCCCCAGUUUAAGCAUUACCUGGUUGCCUAACCCCACCCCUAAUUAUAACUCCACCCCCUAAUCCUAAACCUGCCUAUACUGGAGAUUUAGGAGGGUAAUAAUCUUGUCGGGGGUCAGAAUUUGGCAAAGCAGGUGUACUGUAUUCUGAAAUAUUCAGUGGCAUACGUGAAUAUUCAUGAGAUUCCUGUUUCACGUUAAAAUGACUCGUGACAUGUUCUCCAGAUCACAGAAACUGUUUUCAACAAAGUAAUUUUAUGUUUCAGCAUCGAAUGAAGUUAAGCUUAGAAUUCAAUUGUUUAUCUGUGCACAAAAUGCUAUAAAUUGUCAUGUUAAUGAUUGUGGUCAUAGAUUAGCCUAAAUGAGCCAAAAGUAUUUUGUUAUAUUCUUAUGUUUUUCCUUUAAAAGUAUGUUGUUUGUUUACGUUUCCUAAUAGGCUUGUAUAUGGUGGCAUAAGCCUAAUAAAAAAGACCAAAAUCUUUCUCA